AUGACUCGAUACGAUCCCCUGCCACCAUCUCCUUCUCUCUCGUCCAGAUCGAACGACUUCAGUCCACCUCCACGUUCACCGACACAAUCACUUCGAGCACUCGAGCAUUCUUCUGGAAGCAAUCCCCCUUCCUUAGCUAGACAGGGACGUUCCAAUACGAUAACAAGCUUGGGUGGAUUUGAAUUUGAACAUGCUCUCUUACCACUUACGUUGAGUGGAGAAGGUGUUGAAGAAAUCCGAGGAGAAGAAGACAGACAUGUCGGUUUAUUACAUGGUAUCGCUCUGGUCGUAGGAGCACAAGUUGGUUCAGGAAUUUUCAGUUCACCGGGUGUUGUCGUCGGCGAAGUGGGAAGUGUCGGUGCUAGUUUAUGCGUAUGGUUGAUGAGUGGAUUGUUAGCUUGGACAGGUGCCAGCUCGUAUGCUGAGUUGGGAUGCGCUAUACCCCUAUCUGGUGGGACACAGGCUUACCUGGCUUAUGCUUUUGGACCGAUGACAUCUUAUCUUUUCACUUGGACAGCAGUGACUAUGCUCAAACCGGGAAGCGCAGCUAUGAUAGCUCUGAUUUUUGGAGAGUAUAUCAAUCGUCUAAUAUCACACACGUUCUCAUCAACUACAACAGAAGAAGUCUUGACAGUACCCGAAUGGUCCAUCAAGAUAACAGCUGCCAUUGCAUUAAUCCUCGUAUCACUCCUAAAUGUCCUUUCUAGAACUUCAGGUUCAGAUUCAACUUUGGUUCUAACGACUAUCAAAAUUGGUGCUCUGGUUUUCGUCGCUAUAUUAGGAUUCAUCGCUUUACUGAAAAAUGGUCCAGGUCCAUCUUUGACAACUAGUGGAUUGUUUGAAGGUACCAAAGGCGAAUUGAGCUCUUAUGCCAUUGCUCUGUAUUCAGGUCUGUGGGCUUUUGACGGAUGGGAUUCAUGUUGUUGGGUAACAGGCGAAAUGAUCAAUCCUACCAAGAAUCUACCUCGAGCAAUACAUUCAUCAAUGUCGAUAGUACUAUCACUGUUCAUUUUAGCGAAUAUAUCAUAUUUCAUCGUACUUUCACCUUCAGUAGUAGCUGCUAGUAACACUGUUGCAUUAGAUUUCGGUAAGGAGACUAUAGGGAAAUUCGGUAUGGUGGUUUUUAGUUGUUUAGUGGCUGUAAGUUGCUUUGGUGCUUUAAACGGAGGAUUCUUCACUACUGCCAGACUCAUAUACGCAGCAUCAAGAGAACAUUAUUUACCUUCCAUCUUUUCGAAAUUACAUCCCAAGAGGCGCACACCGGAUUACGCGGUUGCUUUACAGGCUGGUCUAUCAUUGUUCUUUGUUGUUUUUGGUGGUGGUUUCAGGGCCUUACUCAACUUCUUCUCCGUAGCUUCGUGGACUUUUUACCUCCUCACUGUUCUAGGUCUUUUGAUUUUAAGAGUAAAAGAGCCUCACCUGGAUAGACCCUACAAAGCUUGGUUGAUAAAUCCUAUAAUAUUCUGCGUUGUUGCGAUGUUUUUACUUCUCAUGCCGAUCUUUGCUGCUCCUUUUGAAGCCUUGGCCGCUUUCUUAUUUAUCGGGACUGGACUGCCAAUGUAUUACCUCACCUCUAGAUCGAGGUCUCAAUCGACAAAAGAAUAUAAUACUGAAAGUGGAGGAGAGUUCAAAGCCACUAUAAGGGAUGCUUGGGUGAAAUCCAGAGAUGAUAUAGAUAAUCUCUUACCCAAUCGAUGGGCAUCAACGAAAAGGAAGUCGAGUACUAUCGACGCAACCAAUAGAGAAGAAUCAAGAGGAAUGUUACGUGGAACUAAUCUUGAGAUGUCAGAACGAUAA